AUGUUGUGUGUUUGGUGGAAUUUUAAAGGAAUUCUUCAUUAUGAACUUUUACCAUCUAACCAAACCAUUACAAGUGCAGUGUAUAGUGCCCAAUUGGAAAGGUUAGCCCAAGCUUUAAGAGAAAAAGAACCCGCGCUGAUUAAUCGGAAGGGCGUAAUUCUUCACCACGAUAACGCACGACUGCAUACUGCAAGAAUCACUGCUGAAAAACUGCGCCAGUUGGAAUGGGAAGUUCUCCCUCAACCUGCAUAUUCUCCUGAUAUUGCCCCUUCCGAUUACCAUUUGUUUCGUUCUUUGCAAAACUUUCUUCUUGGAAAAAAAUUUAAUAAUGAAGAAUGCCUCAAAAAUGCAUUGACCGAAUUUUUUGCAUCAAAAUCACAAGAAUUUUACAACAGAGGGAUUAAAAUGCUUCCUGAGCAUUGGGCACAAGUAGUAGAAAACAACGGCAACUAUAUUGUUGAUUAA